AUGGCGCCCAAGUCAAAAGCACGAACUAUUAUUGUUCGGAUGAUUUCGACAGCCAAAACGGGCUAUUUCUAUACGACGCAGCGGCUGCGUGUGGGACCUAGGCUAGCUGCUGUGAAGUAUGAUCCGAGAGUGAAAGCUCGCGUACUUUUCGUGGAGAGCAAGAAGUCCGCAAAGGGCUGA